AGAUUAUAAUGUAACACCUGUGGAUAUAAAUAGCUUCAUGCAUGACUAAUUAUACACCAUGAUCCAGGCACAAACAAUAUAACUCACCUCUUUUAGUCCACAGAACUUAAGGCUAGUCCUCACAUCCUCUUCCUUGAUAUUCCAUGGAUUCAGAAACAGUUACCAAUGCAACCCUACCGAACCACCAAGACGAGACCGAGAAAGAGUUUGAGAAGAAUCAACAACGGUACCAAGACCUAAUCGCCACGUUUCCUCACACCCAAGGCUGGAGACCAAAAUCUCCACUGAUCGGAUACGGUGGUCACUGGAUAGUGAAGCCUCUCCUUGAACGUUGGCUUCACGCGCGAGACGUCUUCCAAGCACGACCCAUUGACUUCUUCGUUUGUAGCUACCCAAAGUCAGGUACCACUUGGCUCAAAGCUCUAACUUUCGCCAUCGCAAAUCGGUCGGCCUCUGACUCUGACCAAUCCUCAAACCCUCUCCUGAAAUGUAACCCUCACGAGCUUGUUCCUUUCAUCGAGGGUGAACUCUCUUUAUUCCAACAAAAUGAUGCUGUCGAGGACAAAGGGAACACACUGUUCUCGACUCAUAUCCCUCAUGGGUUAUUACCCGAGUCGAUUUCGAAAGCGGGUUCUAAGAUGGUUUACAUUUGGAGAGACCCAAAGGACACCUUUGUCUCCAUGUGGAACUUCUUCCAGAAGGAAAGGUCAGACAAUGGUCAUCUCAACAGUCUUGAGGAGUCUUUUGAUAUGUUCUGUCGAGGCCAUUCUUUGUACGGUCCUUAUCUAGACCAUGUCAUGUCGUAUUGGAAAGCUUAUCAAGAGAAGCCAGAUCAGGUUUUCUUCCUCAAGUACGAGACCAUCAGAGCUGAUCCUUUGCCCUAUGUGAAGAGAUUGGCUGAGUUUAUGGGUUAUGGAUUCACAUCUGAGGAAGAGGAGAAAGGGGUUGUUCAGGAAGUUGUGAACCUCUGCAGUUUCGAGUCGUUGAAGAAUGUUGAAGCCAACAAAGGAGAGAAAGACAAAGAGGACAUCAAAGGUAAGGUAAGCGGAGGUGAUGUUCCUUCUAAGUUUUAUCCGAAUAGUGCGUAUUUCAGAAAGGGAAAGGUCGGUGAUUGGAGCAACUACCUGACUCCGGAGAUGGCAGCUCGUAUCGAUGGAUUGAUGGAAGAGAAAUUCAAGGGCACUGGGUUUUUUGAAUAUGGUAAUUAAAUGGCCGGUUUGUGUUCUUAGUUUACUUAC